GAACAUCGACUUCUUUCACAAACCCAGAGAGCAGUUUUACACAAGAUUCCUCUUGUGGAAUUUAGCUCUGAGAGAAUAAGGUAGAGGAGUGGGAGUGAAUCUGAUCACCCAUUUACCAAACAGGUGAUGAAGCUCACUUUGUGCAUUCUGCCCAUGGGGUUUAGUGAUCCCGUCUGGUUCCUUCUCUUGGCAAUCGCCUAUCCUGGAACAGUGCAGGGGAAAGUGGUUGAUAAUUUCCAGCCAUGUCAGCAGUUCUUCAAGGAUAGGAUUGCGCCCCAGGGAUUUGAAAAUGAGGAAAACAAGGACAGCAUGGUCAAGAUCUGCCAGAUGUACAAGAACAUCACUUACUUUGCCACCCUGUACCGGACGGACCUGCGGAUCCCAGUCUAUUCUGCCUACAUUUAUACCAACUCCAUACCAGCCAUUAACCCUUGCAGACCUUGCUGGUUUUGUGAGCCUCAGAUUGAAAAUCGUUCCGCCGGCCAAAAUAUGCAGGAAUGCAAAUGCAAGAGCGGUGAAAAACAGGCAUUGAAUUCAGAUUACCAGGGAUCAGGUUACCAGCGAGGACAUCUGUACCCGUUUUCCUUCAACCAUCAAGAGAGUGCAACAGCCAGCUGCACCCUCACUAAUGCCGUUCCCCAGGAAAAAGCAGCCAACGUGAAAUGGUAUCAUUACACUGAGAAAGUCGUGAAGGGAUUGACACAAACAUGCCAUAACUCCGGCCGUCGCAUGUACCUGGUCACAGGCUCUGACGAUUACAAUCAUGGGACUAUAAAGAAUAGGGUUAAAAUACCCGGGCUGGUCUGGACGGCAGCUUGCUGCACGGUGCCCAGGAACCAGAACGAUCGCUUCCUGGCUGAAGAGGUGAAAGCAAACCGAAAUCCACAAACUACCAACGGAGCUUUCUCCAUUGCGUUCAUGGGAACGCUAUUUCCGGAGUUGAAAUUUGUCAACGUGUCGGUGUCGACUCUGGAGAGAAGGCUGAAUGCGAGCAUCUUCAACGAGUGCAAGGAAGCAAGCAGAGAAAUCUAUGAAGAGGUGCAACGUUUGCUCAGGCACAAAGUGCGUGACAAUAAAAAGCGUAAUCGGGUGGGAAAGUGCUCGCUAGCAGCUUGUCAAAGGCGUCCGAAGUAAAACAAGAGGCGUCAAAACAAGAGGCGUCAGAAAGGAAAAAAAACAUGUGGGGAUUUGUGAGCCGCUGAGAAAGAUGAAACACACGAGCGGCGCUUUAUUGAAGCCGGUGGUUUGUUAGCUGGAUCACCCAGAGCCUUGAAGACUCGAUGGGCCGAAUGGUCUUCCUACUCCUGCUGCAACCUUCCUGUCGCGUUCACCUACUCUCUCUAACUUCAAGUAACCCUUGCUUUCCCUCUCUCUCCAUCCCUCCCCCAUCCUAGUUCUCCGAUCAGUCUGACCGGCCUGAUUAAAAUGUUAUCUUUAUUUGCCUCCUUGUCACCUCCCCGUAGCUAACAAUGAUCCAUUCUACAUUUUCCUUGAUCCCCCUCCCCUUUGAUAUCUCCUCUUCACACCUCACCAUUCCACACCUGUGUGUCUCCCUCUCUCCUGACUCAGUCUGAAGAAGGGUCUGGACCCGAAAUGUCACCAUUCCUUCUCUACAGAGAUGCUGCCUGUCCCGCUGAGUUACUUCAGCAUUUUGAGUCUACCUACUCAAGGGGAUGUCUGAGACGGAAGGGAAGCUUGGGUCAGGUCAUUCAUCUGGUCAGGCUGGUCUAUCAAGUCCAUCCACCCACCUUGCCUCUCACCCACUAAAACCAUAAGACAGAAGGGCAGAAUUAGGCUAUUCAGCCCAACGAGUCUGCUUCGCCAUGCGAUCAUUGCUGAUCUAUUUUCCCCUCUCAACCUCAUUCUCCUGCUUUCUCCCCAUAACCUUUGACACCCUUACUAAGCAGUAAACUUGCCUAACAUUGCUUGCUUAGCAAUACAUUAAAAUUCCAGGCUCUGCAUUUCAAUUGAUCUCCAGCCGUAGCUGCCUUUUGAGAGGAGAGUUUGUUUUAGAUUUCAAAAAUAAACUUUAUUCGCAAUAAAAAAUAUAUACACAAA